UCUACCGAAAGCGCUGAAAGAUGAAAGCAAGUUCAAAACAAGUUCUUUGUAAAAUUCAACAAACUAGCCGGAUUUGCAAUGAUGUUUUAUACAUGGUAAAUAGGAAUCCCAGGAAUCUUGAACAGCUCAGACUAGCGUAUAAAACAGACGGCUAUCAUUUAGAAAAACCAGUGCGAAAUUUCUGGCAUAAGUUGGAGCUAGUUACGAGUAAAAAGUAUAUAACAGCAAAACUAAUCCAUUUUGAAAAUGGUACUAUUAUUGAAUGCAGCACGACGGAAUGGGCGUUAAAACGCCACCUCUAUAAGGGAAAUGAUUUUACGGCCCAUACAACUCUGGGAAAAGCAUUUGCCGCACGUUGUCUGGAGGCUGGACUAACCGAAAUGCGGUGCGAUCUUCAACCUGCUGAUGGUGGCAAAGUGGCCGCAUUUCUAAAUUCUUUGCAAGAGUGUGGUAUUAGUUUAAAAGAACCUAGUCGUAUUCGAACACCAUACCCUUGGGACAUGCACCGACCUGAAAAACCAUGGGAAUUGACAGAAUAGCUGGCAAAACAAAGCUCGCUCAGUGGAUUUUAGUAAGCUACGAUUUAUUUCAAAUAAACAAUUA